AACCCCAGACCCCCGGCGCCAAAGGAUAUCGUAUGUUCAGGUCUAAACGCUCGGGGCUGGUGCGGCGACUUUGGCGAAGUCGUGUGGUCCCCGAUCGGGAGGAAGGAGGCUGCGGCGGCGGCGGUGGUGGCGGUGGCGACGACGGCGACGAGGAUGGGAGCUUGGGCAGCCGAGCUGAGCCUGCCUCGCGGGCACGAGAGGGCGGAGGCUGCGGUCGCUCCGAAGUCCGAUCGGUAGCCCCGCGGCGGCCUCGGGACGCGGUGGUGGGACAGAGAGGCGCCCCGAGCGCGGGGAGGCGCCGGCGCGCAGGGGUCCCCCCGAGGCCCAUGUCGGAGCCGGGGGCCGGCACUGGGGGUUCCUUGCUGGACGUAGUGGAGCCUGGAAGUCCCGGUUGGCUGCCCGAGAGUGACUGCGAGACGGUGACCUGCUGUCUCUUUUCGGAGCGGGACGCCGCCGGUGCGCCCCGGGACAUCGAUGAAACCCUCACCGGGGCCACCCUGGAACCGGAGGGCAGCGGGAGGAGUCGCGAAGCCCGCUCGCGGCUGCUGCUGCUGGAGCAGGAGCUGAAGACCGUCACGUACUCGCUGCUGAAGCGGCUCAAGGAGCGCUCGCUGGACACGCUGCUGGAGGCGGUGGAGUCCCGCGGCGGCGUGCCGGGCGGCUGCGUGCUGGUGCCGCGCGCCGACCUCUGCCUGGGCGGCCAGCCCGCCCCGCCGCAGCUGCUGCUCGGCCGCCUCUUCCGCUGGCCCGACCUGCAGCACGCCGUGGAGUUGAAGCCCCUGUGCGGCUGCCACAGCUUCGCCGCCGCCGCCGACGGUCCCACCGUGUGCUGCAACCCCUACCACUUCAGCCGGCUCUGCGGGCCAGAAUCACCGCCACCUCCUUACUCUCGGCUGUCUCCUCCUGACGAGUACAAGCCACUGGAUCUGUCUGAUUCCACAUUGUCUUACACUGAAACCGAGGCCACCAACUCCCUCAUCACGGCUCCGGGCGAGUUCUCAGAUGCCAGCAUGUCUCCAGAUGCCACCAAGCCGAGCCACUGGUGCAGCGUGGCGUACUGGGAGCACCGGACCCGAGUGGGCCGCCUCUACGCGGUGUACGAGCAGGCGGUCAGCAUCUUCUACGACCUACCUCAGGGCAGCGGCUUCUGCCUGGGCCAGCUCAACCUGGAGCAGCGCAGCGAGUCGGUGCGCCGCACGCGCAGCAAGAUCGGCUUCGGCAUCGUGCUCAGCAAGGAGCCCGACGGCGUGUGGGCCUACAACCGCGGCGAGCACCCCAUCUUCGUCAACUCCCCGACGCUGGACGCGCCCGGCGGCGGCGGCGGCGGCGGCCGCGCCCUGGUCGUGCGCAAGGUGCCCCCGGGCUACUCCAUCAAGGUGUUCGACUUCGAGCGCGCCGCGCUGCUGCAGCACGCCGACGCCGCCCACGGCCCCUACGACCCGCACAGCGUCCGCAUCAGCUUCGCCAAGGGCUGGGGACCCUGCUACUCCCGGCAGUUCAUCACCUCCUGUCCCUGCUGGCUGGAGAUCCUCCUCAACAACCACAGAUAGCGGUGGCUACCGGGUCUGGUUUGCAGCGGUCCCUCCUCCUCCCAAGGGGUCAGCGCCCAGAGAUGCCACCUCUCCUCCCCUCCUCCAUCCCCCUCUCUCACACACACACACACACCCACCCACCACGGACAAACCCUCCCCCUCCCUCCGCCCCCAAAUAUCAUCUACCUAGAUUUAAUAUAAAGUUUUAUAUAUUAUAUGGAAAUAUAUAUUAUACUUGUAAUUAUGGAGUCAUUUUUACAAUGUAAUUAUUUAUGUAUGGUGCAAUGUGUGUAUAUGGACAAAACAAGAAAGACGCACUUUGGCUUAUAAUUCUUUCAAUACA